UCAUACCCGAUUGGGAGUGCUUUCAGCCUUAGCUGAGAACUUUUUACAACUGGCUUGCAGAAAGUAAACCCUUUUGACAUGCUGGAUGUUCACCAAGUUUAUAUUAGGGCACAUUUCCCCAAGCACUGAUCUGAUCAACGACAGUAAAGGUUAAAAGUGGGGAAGAUUGGUCAUUAAUGGAGGCCUCAGUAGAAGACUGCCUGACCUUUCAGAUCCAAUAUUCUUUAAUGCCAUUAUGUUAAAAUUUGCAAGAUUCCAUCAACAGGAGAAAGAGUUGGACUAAGCGGUGGAAAAUGUGGACAAACAGCAUAUGACAGCGGGUAUCCAGGUAAGGUUUAACUGCCCCACCUACAUCUGGACCACAGCCAUGUGAGCACAACUUUCAUCUGCCCUCUUUAGUCAGAAGAAAUUUCUUGAUGCAUAAGGUCUCAGCACAACAUUUCCAAAGAAAACUCUGUAUGGACUGAACCCGGAUGUCGUGGCAUGCUUGAGAGCACUAAUCUCGCAAGGUCUGGAUUCUAUUGUGCUGAAAAAAUCAUGUUGGUACUCAAAUAGGCCUUUCAAGUCCUCAGAAAUUGGUUAUGGUGGUCGCGAGAUGUUGAGCAUGGUAAUUUCAAUUGUGGGUGUCCCUAAAAAUUUUAGCUCUAGAUUGUGGGUGUCUCUGUAUUGUGAUUGUGGUCUAUCGGUAGCCCUGAAAUUUAGAUCAUUUUGCCAAUCAUAUUGAUUGUCAUUGUGGGUAGUCAUUUAAUCUGAAUAUGGCUGUGGAAUAGUCCUGAUUCUCAGGUCAGUCAAGUGCAAUACCGUUAUUUGCAGACUUCGCAAUUUGGUUAUGGUAUUGGGAAAUCCUUGAAUCUGGGGAAUUGGGCAGGCUGUCAGAGUGGAUGGGUUGUCAGAGAGAGUAUUUCUUAAAAGUCAUGUUGGGCUGCAGAAUACACUGAUUAUCCGAUCUGUUUUAGGAAACGCUUUUUGUUGGAUUCCACAUAAUCCCUAGGUGGAUCAUACAGCCAGAAUGAAGGGGUUGUUGGCGAGCCACAAGAAUGCUAGAGGGCUGAGCAAGGGUGGACAACCAAACAGGUUGGCCGUUGUUUCAGUAUGUUUUAUGUGCUCUUUAGUCUUGAUACUUGGAAUUUUCUUCAUACAAUGGACACAGAUUUUCUGCAAGGCUCCUGGUGUUUCUGCUACGCAAGAGGUGGUUUUCAAUCACAGCGAUCUUCUUACAGAUUUUGGCUCUCUGGGAGUUCCUUGGUGCAGGUCAAGGCGUGGAUCCACUGUGAAUUGGACAAGAGAUGACCUUCUGUAUGCUUUGGAAGAAUUUGUACCCAUCUACCAUAAGAGACCUAUAAAAAAUAACAUGUUUGGUAUGGGUUUUGAUCACAGUUUUGGUCUCUGGUUUAUUACAAGGUGGUUAAAUCCAGAUUUGAUGAUAGAAAGCGGCGCUUUCAAAGGUCAUUCUACAUGGGUGUUGAGGCAAGCCAUGCCUAACAAGCCUAUAAUAUCAAUUACCCCUCGCCAUCCUGAAAAGUAUUUGAAGAAAGGGCCUGCAUAUGUAGAUCCCAAUUGCAGAUAUUAUUCAGGGAAACAGUUUAUUGAUUUUGGAAGUAUUGAAUGGAAACCAGUAAUGGAGGAAUAUGGAAUUUCAGACCAGAGCAAGGUGGUUGUUUUCUUUGAUGAUCAUCAAAAUGAACUUAAAAGGCUGAAACAAGCUUUGAGGGCAGGAUUUAGGCACCUGAUUUUUGAGGAUAACUAUGAUACUGGUACUGGAGAUCAUUACUCUCUCCGUCAAAUAUGUGAUCAGUCUCACAUUAAAGGUGGUGGACAUAGUUGCAAUGAAGAUAGCAAUGAAGCCAGGAUGAGAGCCACAAGGAAGCAAUUUUGGGAGAAGGCCUUAGACAUCCAAGAGCUCUGUGGCUCAGGGGAUGCCUGGUGGGGUGUUAGAGGACACAUGAGAGACAACUUCAACCAUAGCUUUGAGAUUAUCUCUCAUACAGAGCAUGUUGAGAAUAGCAAGUUUGUUGAAUCUGUGCUGGACCUCUACUGGGAGCUUCCACCUGUUGCUGGACCAUCCCUCACCCACCAAACUAGAUACGACCCUGCCCGGUCCUCUGAACCUAUUGUUCCAGAUGAUCAAAGAUAUUUGUUUAGAAAACUUGGACUGAGCAGUCUGAACAACAGUGUGUUUAAUGGAUACACACAGAUGGUUUAUGUUCAAAUAUCAGAAUAGUCAAAGCAGCAAGGAAGCAGAAGUCCAUUUUUUUGUCUGGCAUGAUGUUUGUGCUAGAUGUAUUUUUUGCUAAUAAGUUGGGGGAAUAACCACUAUGAACAUUUGAGUUUGUAUAUACCCCUGUUUUGCAAAGCCUUAAAUACAAAAUGCAGUUAACCGUAAUCAAGUUACUUGCCAAAGCAGGAAUCCAAGUUCUGUAGAAAAUACUAAAGCUUUUGCUGAAGCAUAGAAGCAAUGGUUCAGAAUUAUUUUUUAUUUGUGAUCAAAUGAUCUUUUGAUGAAUGGAAACUGUUACCAGCAUCUUUUUAAGCUCA